UCCUUCACUUGACUCCCUGUUUGGUUUCCCAGAAACCUGAGGAACCCCUCAUUAUUUCUAUUUCCUAUAUAAUCAACCCUACAAAUUUCUCUUGCUUCCGCUUAAUUAUUUUCUUUAAACGCCUCUGAUUGGAUCCUAUUUUCUCUUAUAUUCUCCAUUUGGGUGAAAACAUCAGGUUAUGGUUAAUGCAACUGAUUGACAUGUUGAAGAAAAGGCAUUCGAUACACUGCAGAAAUUGAAAUUUCGUUAUCUUACUUGUAAGUACUCCUUUUAGGUCUCUAUCUCCUUUUAACGUCAAUAUGGUUGACCAAUAUGGAGCAGGACAUUCCCUUUCAUGGUUUUUUUUUUUAAUAAUGGACAAGUAAUCGAUUCUUUUGUUUAUGCAAGAUCAUUCUAAUGUCGCGUUUUUCACUUGGAAUCAUAAUGCUCCUUUCGUGGGAGAACUCGUAGGUUUCUGUCUAUGACCGGCUCUUUCAAAUAAGAUUGAACUCAUUCGUCUGGGUGCUCUCAAUCUUCCUUUUUCCUCGUUAAUACUUUGUUAUUGCCCAUUGAGCUUUCCCGAUUAAUCCAUAUUUCAUUUUGUUUUUCCUUCUGUGACGACUCAUCUGUCUGAAUAAUAUUGCCAUUCUGCAUUGAUGCUAUAUAUCGACUAACUAGCCCGAAUUUUUAUGUAACUUUCUAUACGCAGUGCUUGAUUUUGAAAUUUCGUUUUCUCUGUUCUCAUGGAUGCUAUUGAAUUUGGAACUAUUUCGCGCGCCUUGUGUGCUAUCUUUGUAUAACGAGGAAUAAUAUCAGCCACUAUUCACUUCCACCUACAUUUUUUUAGUGUAGAGUAAUGAAUAGUAUCUGAUGAAAAUAAUUUUUUUUGUAUAAUUGAGUCUAUGUUUUAUCUGGAACAUAGUCAACAGCUUAACAUACAUUUUUCUAGUGGACUCUUUGGCAGGUAACCCAGGCGUCGAAGUAGCAUAUCCCAAAUGGAGGAUCCACCAGAACAACCUGAAACAAGUCCAAUGACAACUAAGUUGCAAGGGGAUGAAUGUUUGCCGCUUUCAGGGAAGCCAUACUGUGACAUCAUUCUUGCAAAAUCUCAUGUCAGGCCCCGGUAUCAAAUGGCACUUCCAGUAAAAUUAAAUCGAAUAAUUCCUCCUCUUGUGAUCCCCAUGGUUCUGACCUAUCGGGGAAAGAACUGGGAGAUGUUAUAUAAAGGAACACACACUGUGAAAUGGCUUGGUUCUGGAUGGAAAGCGUUUGUGGAUGACAAUGAUCUCAAGGCUGGAGAUGCAUGUGUGUUUGAACUCAUGGAGUCCUGCAGAACGAAAAUCAUACUCAGAGUCCACAUUCUCAGAGGCAACAUCCCGUCCGAAUUUCUAGACAAGGUUGAGGGCACACUAUAUAUAAACAGUUGGGCAUGAACAAAGCACAUACAGCCUAGCAACAACACAAGUUAGCAAUGUUGAGGAGAGGCUCUGCUCUUUAACCAAUCAUUUCUAUGUUACCAAGAUCUACCAUGAUGGUCGGGUGGUGGCGGCAACGCCGACGGCCGCUUAGGCAGUGGAAGGGUAGCACCAUUCGACUAGGAAAUAAGCGGCGAGGGUUCUGCCUAGGAUCAAGGCCGGUGGUACAAUGGAAGGUCAUGCCGGGUUCUCUUAAGAUGCUGAAGAAGAUCAUUAUGGAAAUGGCACCAAAUGAGUUGUUGAUAGAGGCUUAUUAUCGAUCUUUAGCACCCUUUCUACGUCCCCAACUAUUUCUUCCCUUGUGUUGAUUACCGACGGCAUUUCCUUUGGGUGGGGUUUUGUUGUUUUAUUGCUUGCUUUUUUCAGUUCUUGUACCUUUUUCUUUUCUUGUAAAGUUGUGUAAUGAGGGGCUGCGCAAUCCCUCCUAAUGGAGCAAGCAAAUUGCAUACCGAAUGCAGUGAUUAAUGAAAGAAGAAAACCAAACAAUGUUAGAUAAAAUAAAAUUUAUGUAAUAUUCUAGGUUUUGUAGAGGAAUGUAGUGAAUGUAUUGUUAGAUAUGA